CGUCGGUGAAAAAAGACUCGAUUGAAGUUGACCUUGUGAAAUUAUCACUCCCGUUACUGUGUCUUGGCGCAUUUUGCACCACGAAUUCUCCUGCAAAAUGAGUUUGAUGUCAAAAGAUGAACUCCCCGAGGGCUCCUGGGAUAGUCAUGUUCACGUUGUAGAUGAGGCUAGGUUUCCUCUGCACGAGCUGCAUCCAUAUCGACCGCAGAAAGCCGAUCUCGACGAUUUCCUACGCUUCGAAUCCAGCCAAGGCAUCUCCCACGUCUGCCUCGUCGCAUUCUCAGUCUACCACACCGACAACUCCUCCAUCAUCGACGCUCUAACAAGGCUAGGGGGCAAGGGCCGCGCCGUAGUCUGCAUAGACCCAGAAAGCAUCACAGACGAAGAGCUGCAGCGACUGCAUCAAUUCGGUGCUCGAGGUGUUCGCUUGAAUCUGAGGACAAGGGGCGAGCGCGUGGAUACGCAUGUGUUCGAAAGUCUAUUGAGGCAGUAUGCAAAGAGGCUUCGUCCGUUCGGUUGGGCAAUCCAGCUAUACGUGGCCUUGGAUCAGAUUGAUCAGGUAGCGGAUGUGAUACCAACUCUUGGCCUUCCUGUAGUGAUUGAUCAUAUCGGGUUCCCGGAUUCCAAGAAAGGGCCCGCUGCCUCGCAACUAGGCUAUGAAGCGUUCAUGACGCUUCUGAAGUCGGGAAAUGUGUGGACGAAGCUGAGCGCUGUGUAUAGGUUUGAUGAUUUGCCGGAUCUUGAUGAGUAUGCGACGGAGAUCUUGCGAACGGCUCCAAAUAGGGUUGUCUGGGCGAGCGAUUGGCCACAUAGUGGAGAGUAUCGCAAGGUUGAUGAUCAUGCUUGGAUUGCUAGAUGCAAAGCUUGGUGUCGGAAGGUUGAAGGUGGGAGCGGCGAGAAUUUGAUACGGAAGAUUUGGAGAGACAAUCCGAGAGCGCUAUGGCAGUAUAAUGAGGAUGUGCGCCAUACCAGCUUAUUCAAUGAAAGCAGGCUUUGA